GGUGACCGAAUCGACGGAGUUAGUUCGAAGGAUUUUUUUUUCUCUCCCCACAGUUGGAUAAAUCAACUUAAUUGUUUUGGUGACAUGCCUCCUCAUUGUGUGAUUUAACAUAUUCUUUUCACUUCACUGAAUUAUGCAAGCAUUACAGCUACCGCACAAAUUAUUAGACAUCCUGAGGUGUUCCUUGUGUCAGUCAUAUUUAUCCUGCGGCCCGACGAAAAUACUUCCCGGAGGUUACAGCGCUUGCGGCCGAUGCGUUCAGCCGGACGUGUUCCGAUCCAUACCUUACGACAACAUCGCCUGCUACUUCAUAUACCCAUGCAACUACGAGAAGAGAAAUUGCCCGGAAGCAUACGUGUGGAACGAGGUAGCAAUUCACGAGAAGGAAUGCUCGUACAGACCGGGAUGCUUCUUCUGCUGCCGCCAUCCGUGCAAUUACGGCAAAAGACCCAUCAGAUACGUUGGAGAUGAAGCCAAGGUGUGUGCGACUGAAGAUAUACUGGAAAACUAUUUGACUUGUAUAAUUUGCAAUGGCUACUUGAUCACCGUUCCCAUUUUCAUAACGGUUAAGGGUGCGAGCGUGUGUCAUAGAUGCGGACCCAUCAUCAACGAUUUCGAACUGAGGAGGAAUUAUCCUUUGGAAACUUUGCUGAGGAUGUUCUACAUCAAAUGCUCGUUCCGGAUCCGGGGAUGCACGGUUUUCCUGCCGUUUGGUGCUGAGUUGGAGCAGCACGAGCAGAUUUGCGAGCAUCAGCACAUCGUUAGGAAGCCUUCAAAUAGGCCUAAGCUGCAGCAAAAUCCGACGGAUCCGCCUAAGAAGCAAAAGGGAUUGGUGCCUACGCAUAGAGGACAGAUUUGGGCAACGGUGACUUCAAACACCCUCUACGCUCCGGAUCCAACUCUUCAGAAGCAGUUCCUCAACGACCUGAAGGGUCGCAAGAUCGAGAGCAAUGCUAUAGGAAAUGAUAGCUCUUCUGUAAUUAGCAAUUACUCCGACGAAACCGUCGAAGAUGAUCGUUCGGUGCAUUCGAUACCGACCAGAGAAGUUCAAAGAACCGAUUCUCAUCGGAUCAGGAACCAAGUGGAACGGACCCUCUCCAACAGGGUAGCUCCCAAUCAAUUGGUCGGAUACAAGAACGUCCUCGAGGAGUUAUUGGUCAAACAGAAACGCUACUAACGUACUACCAAAUAUGCUUAUGUAACACGCCAAGUUGUAAUAAUAAUAAAGGACACUUAUUUAUUUA